AAUGAAAGACUGAAAAAACUUUGUACUGAUCUGGAAGAGAAGCAUGAAGCCUCAGAGCUUCAUAUAAAGCAGCAAUCUACAAAUUACCGAAAUCAACUACAACAGGAAGAGGUAGAAAUCAGCCGUCAUAAAGCAAGACAGAUUGCGCUACAGGAUCAGUUGCAACUGCAGUCAGCCGCUCAGUCAGAUUCAGGAGCUGGUGGUUUACCAGCAACCACUGCAUCUUCUUCACUCGGUUGUGGGAUCAGUCAUCGUGCCUCAGCUGUCCGUGAUGAUGACAUGGACUUUGGAGACAUUAUUUCAUUACAACAAGAAAUAAACAGAUUGUCAAAUGAAGUUUCAAGACUCGAAUCUGAAGUUGGCCAUUGGAAGCAUAUUGCUCAGGAAACUUCUAAAGCACAAGGAACACAUAGCUCUGAUCAAAGAGAAAUCUUCAAACUGCAAAAUAUCAUUAAGGAACUUAAACAGAACCGAAGUCAGGAAAUUGAUGACCAUCAACAUGACAUGUCAGUAUUGCAGAAUGUACAUCAACAGAAAUUGACACAAAUGCAUCUCCUGUAUCGAGAGGAAUUAAGCUACUAUGAAGAACGAACUGAAGAACUCAAAAACGUGUUACAAGAAUGUGGGUCAGGAGUUACAGGAACUGAUCAUUCUAAAAUCUAUGAGAUGCAAAAAACUAUUCAAGUUCUACAAGUGGAAAAAAUGGAAUCUACAAAAAAAAAUGAAGAACUUGAGGAUAAAAUAAAAGACAUAAAUGAAAAAUUAUCUUCUGCAGAAAAUGAAGAGCAACUAAACAUGGAAAAGAGACAAAUAAUUGAAGAAUGUGAAAGCUUGAAACUGGAUUGCAGUACGUUGCAAUCUUAUGCUAUGAAGCAAAGUGAUUGUGUGACAGAAAAGGAUAGAAUUCUUCCACAGAGUACAUCAGUGGAAGAAGUCACACUACAACAAGCACUGCCUGAUGCUGAAAAUGAAAUGAGACUGAAUAGUUUAAACCAGGAUAACAAUCUCACUGAAGACAAUGUGAACCUUCAAAUGCUUGUCCAAGUUUUAGAAAAAGCGAAUUCAUUAUUGAGCCAAGAAAAGGAAGAACUUCAGAUAUCACUUUUAAAACUGAGCAAUGACUAUGAAGUAAUGAAAAGUACAGCUGCAAGAGAUAUGAGUUUGGAUUCAGACGUACAUGACUUAAGACUUAGUUUGGAGUCAAAGGAACAAGAACUCAAUCAGAGUAUUAAUGAAAACGAAAUACUGCUAUCCAAGUUAGUAGAAUUAGACAAACAGAACCAAGAAGCUACAAAGCCCAUUAUUUUGAUAAAAGAUCAGCUAUCAAAACAACAAAAUGAAGGAGAUAGCAUUAUCAGUAAACUGAAACAAGGUCUAGAUGAUGAAGAAAAGAUAGUUCAUCAACUUGAGGAUGAUAAAAUGAACCUUACUAAAGAGUUAAACAGACAGAAAGAACAGUUAAUUCAAAGUGAACUGGUCCUGAAUGAUUUGCAUUUAAUCAAGGAGGAGCUUGAGGAUAAAGCAGAAGAUUUAGUAGAUCAGCUAAUUAACUCACAAAAAAAUAAUUCAAACAUCCAGAAGGAGAACCUUGAACUUAAGGAACAUAUUAGACAAAAUGAGGAAGAGCUUUCUAGGGUCUGGAAUGAGUUAACUCAGUCUCUUCAUCAAGACUCUAAUAGUACUUUUAAGGAUAACCUACUUAAAGAAAGGGAAGCAGAAGUUAGACACUUAAAGCAAAAUCUUUCAGAAAUAGAACAGCUCAAUGAAAAUUUAAAGAAAGUUGCUUUGGAUCUGAAAAUGGAAAAUGAAAAGUUGGUUUUAACAUGUGAAGAUGUAAGGCAUCAGUUGGAAGAAUCUGUAGCUGGGAACAGUCAGAUUUCUCUGGAAAAAAACACUCUUGUCGAGACACUAGAGGUGGAAAAAGGACAGCUAGAAGCAGAAUUGUGUCAGGCUAAAGAGAGGCUGUUGGAAGAAGCAAGCAAGUAUGAGCAAAACAUUGAAGAACUAUCGAAUGCAUGUAACUUGAGCACCGCUGCCUUACAGCUGGAACGUGAGUCUUCAACUAAACUCAGUCAAGAGAAGGACUUUGAAAUAGUUGAACUCAAAAAGAAUAUUGAGCAAAUGGAUACCGAUCAUAAACAAACUAAGGAAAUGUCAUCUAGUGAAGAAGAGCAGAAGCAAUUGACAGAUGUUAUAAAGGAAAAAGAACUUUUCAUUGAAAAACUUAAAGAAAAGUGUUCAGAGCUGCAGGAGAAAUUAGAUAAAUGUUCUCAGGCCUUAAUGCCAAAUGAAAUUUUAAGGCAGACCAUAGAGGAAAAGGACAGAAGUCUUGGAGCCAUGAAAGAAGAGAACAGUCAUCUGCAAGAAGAACUGAAGGACAUUCAAACAGAGAAUCCUGAUAUUUUACAAGAAACAAGAGUUCAGAGCUUUAAUAUAGAAAAUGGAAGUGAAAAGCAUGAUUUAUCUAAAGCUGAAACUGAAAAAUUAGUGAAAGAAAUAAAAGAACGAGAACUAGAGGUUAAACUUCUAAAUGAAAAGAAUAUAUCUCUAACUAAACAGAUCGAUCAGUUGUCCAAUGAUGAGGUUGGUAAACUAACUCAGAUUAUCCAACAGAAAGAUUUGGAGAUAGAAGCUCUUCAGGCUAGAAUUUCUUCAGCUUCCUACACCCAGGAUAUUAUGUACCUUCAACAGCAACUGCAGGUCUAUGCUAGGCAGGAAAAUAAUCACAGAUUCUCUGAUUCGAGUGCUGCCACCUCAGAGCUAGAAGGAAGAGAACACGAACAAGCUGAUUCAGAAAUUAAGCAGCUAAAGGAGGAACAAGAUGUUUUACAGAAGUUACUUAAAGAAAAAGACCUCUUAAUCAAAGCCAAAAGUGAUCAAUUACUGUCUUCAAAUGAAAGUUUCACUAACAAAGUGAAUGAAAAUGAAUUUUUGAGGCAGGCAGUAACAAACCUGAAGGAGAGAAUAUUAAUUUUAGAACUGGACAUUUGUAAACUAAAAGGGGAAAAUGAAAAAAUAGUAGAAACAUCCAGGGUAAAGGAAGCAGAAUAUCAAGCAUUACAGGAGACUAAUAUGAAGAUUUCUAUGAUGCUGCCAGAGAAAGAGUUUGAGGGCCUUUCAAUGAAGGACAAGGCUCUUGCUCUUGAGCAACUACUGGAAGAAAACGAACGGGUAUGUUCUGGGCAAAAGUUAAAUCAGCUUUUAAAUGCAGUUAAGUCAAUGCAGGAGAAGACAGUCACACUUCAACAGGAGAGAGACCAAGUCACAUUGUCUCUGAAUGAGAAACAAAUGGAAAACAAUACCCUACAGAAUGAGGUUCAACAUUUAUGUAACAAAGAAUUACGGUUAAACCAGGAGCUAGAGAGAUUGCGUAAUCAUCUUUUAGAAUCAGAAGGUUCUUAUACCCGUGAGGCUUUGGCUGCUGAAGAUAGAGAGGCAAAACUAAAAAAGAAAGUCACAGAAUUGGAGGAAAAGCUAGUUUCAUCCACUAAUGCAAUGGAAAAUGCAAGCCAUCAAGCCAGUGUGCAGGUAGAGUCAUUACAGGAGCAAUUGAAUGUAGUCUCCAAGCAAAGGGAUGAAACUGCACUGCAGCUUUCGGUUUCCCAGGAACAAGUAAAGCAGUAUACUCUAUCACUAGCCAACCUGCAGAUGGUACUAGAGCAUUUUCAACAAGAAGAAUCUGCGCUGUAUUCUGCUGAACUAGAAAAGCAAAAACAGGUUAUGGCUGAGUGGAAGGAAAAGGCAGAAAAUCUGGAAGGAAAAGUGUCAUUACAGGAACAUUUGGAUGAAACAAAUGCUGUGUUGGAUUCAGCGUCAAGACUUACAGAACAGUUAGACCUAAAGGAAGAACAAAUUGAAGAACUUAAAAAACAGAAUGAGCUCCGACAAGCAAUGCUGGAUGAUGCAGAGAAGAAAUUGGCAAACUUAGUAAACAGUGCAGAAGGAAAAGUGGACAGGUAUGCUUUAGCCUUUUAACUUUUGUAUAUUUUAUGGAGAUUGCUUUUAUGGUAAAAACAAC